GAAGGGCCCCAUAGCGUGGUGAGUCAGACGAGGCCAUCACCAUCGCCCAAGUGGCCCGUAUCGUCAACGUCUCUCGUUUCCAUUAUAAAUUUGCCCCCCUAAAAAAAAAGAGAGAAAAAUAAAAGAAUAAGAAGAAGAAGGCCGCGUUGCCCGAACAAGUGCCAAUAACUGCCAAAUAAAUGCUCAUCAACGCUCCCUGAUUCCUCGAUAAACCCCCCGAGUGUCAAAAAAGCUAUAGUGCACCCCGAAUAUGUGAUAGUGUCUCCUCGACUCCCGGAAUCUAGUGGAAAACCAGUGCAACUCCAUAUCGCUAACCCUUUAAAAAUUAAAAAACCCCCCGCGAUGUUUCACCACGAGUAUGAGAAACGUCUCCUGAAGCCGUACAACGAGGGAAAACGUGAAUCCCAGUCGAAUCCCAUGUCCCCGACUUAUUUGUCACCUACUAAAUCGACUAAUAGUUAUGAUCGUUUUAUUCCAACGCGUUCUGGGAAUAAUUGGUACACAACAUUUUCCAUGAUCUCUGAGAACAGUCGCAAUGGUCUUGUCCCGAAGAAGACGCGAGAGAAUGGAGAGGGAAGUCGUGAUGGUAUAGCGUAUUCGAGUCUGUUGAAAAAUGAAUUGCUUGGUGCGAGUAUUGAGGAUGUGAAGAGUCAGUCUGAGGAGCGUGGAAUUUACUCAGUCCUCCAGGGGAGAAAUCUCUUCAAGUAUGCAACACCACCCAAGGACAGGAGUCUUCUAGACCAGAGCUCACCGUAUUCACUUUCACCAUUGAGUGCCAAGAGCCAGAAGCUCCUCAGGUCACCCAGAAAGACAACUAGAAAAAUCUCCAGGAUUCCCUUCAAAGUGCUUGAUGCACCCGAGCUCCAGGACGACUUCUACCUCAAUCUUGUGGAUUGGUCUUCACAGAAUGUUCUCUCUGUGGGUCUUGGCAGCUGCGUCUACCUCUGGUCAGCCUGCACCAGUCAGGUCACCAGAUUAUGUGAUCUCACUGGUGAUGGAAAUUCUGUCACUUCUGUCGCCUGGAAUGAGAGGGGAAAUCUCGUGGCUGUUGGCACACAUGUGGGAUACAUCCAGGUAUGGGACGUGGCGGUGAACAAGCAGGUGGCUAAACUCCAAGGGCACAGUGCCAGGGUGGGAGCUCUAGCGUGGAAUGGUGAGGUGCUGUCUUCUGGCAGCCGUGAUCGACUGAUUCUCCAGAGGGACGUGAGGACACCCUGCGUCGUGGGGGAGAGAAGACUCGGUGCACACAGACAAGAGGUUUGUGGACUCAAAUGGUCACCAGAUAAUCAAUACCUCGCCUCUGGUGGCAAUGACAAUCGACUGUACGUCUGGAAUCUCCACUCGCUGUCACCAGUUCAAACUUACACCGAGCAUCUUGCUGCUGUCAAGGCCAUCGCCUGGUCACCUCAUCAUCAUGGGCUUCUGGCAUCUGGCGGUGGUACAGCUGAUCGUUGCAUCAGGUUCUGGAAUACACUCACUGGACAGCCAAUGCAGUGUGUCGAUACUGGCAGUCAGGUUUGCAAUUUGGCUUGGUCCAAGCACAGCUCUGAGCUCGUCAGCACUCAUGGCUAUUCCCAGAAUCAAAUUCUCGUUUGGAAGUAUCCCAGUUUGACUCAAGUUGCUAAACUCACUGGUCACUCUUAUCGCGUACUUUAUCUUGCUAUGUCACCUGAUGGCGAGGCUAUUGUCACUGGCGCUGGUGAUGAGACACUCAGGUUUUGGAAUGUUUUUAGUAAGGCUAGGAGUCAGAAGGAGAACAAGUCUGGGCUUAAUCUUUUUACUUCUAUUCGGUGAAUUCUUUUUUUUUGCUUUCACCAUUUUCAUUUUGGGGGGAUGCCUCGGGGGGUGGAAAUAAUUUGAAAAAAGGGGAAAUUCGACUUUUUUUAAUUUACCACUUCGGUAUUGAAAUGGAAAUCGGAACAUUUGACUCGUCGGUGGAUUAAAUGAUUUAUCCCACAUUUUUUGGUUGAAGUAUCAAAAUGAGUCGAUGAAACUCACGGAAAGUAGACUUUAAUUAUUUCUAUGUAUAUUCUAUACAUACCAAAUUAUUCAUCACAAUCCACUGAAAAUUAGAGUGCUCUAAUUAAAAUCAAUUUCGUGAAUCGAAUCUGGAGAAUUCGAUAAUUUAAAUGAAUACAGAAGUAAAAUGUAAAAUUCCACUUGUUCCCUACUUUAGAUUCGGAUAAAUAUCUCUGGACCCAAUAGAAAUAUUAAAAUUUUUUUAAAGGACUUGUUUUUAAGAGUGAAACAAAUUUGUCGAACCCUGCAAAAAAUACUUCAGCUAAAAUUCCGCUUCUCUCAGUUAGACUCAAAGAUAUUCCUAAUUAAUUAAAUCGACUCGUUACCCUUGACCUUUCCUGAAUAAAAUCAGCGAAGAGAAGAAGCACAAGCAAUUAAUAAGAGGAAAAAAGAAUUUCCAUCCCUCGCGGACAAUAAAAACAAGACCUCCCCAGUAUAAGCACGGCCUGCUGCAAUAAUCCCACGAAAUAAAAAGAAGAUAGAGCCCCAAUGAAUUUUUUACACCCUAACUCUUACACUAGCGUUUUUUUUUUGUGACUGAAGUGUCUGAUCAUCAAGGGCUGGUGAAAACCCCGGGGAAGUACGACUAAUAUACACAACAGCUUAAGAAUUUUUCACGGUAAUUUUCAUUUCGAUUUUUUAGUUAUCUAUUCAAGUCAUGUGUACAAAUUCAAGUCGAGAAAAGGAAUAAAGACGAUGAUUUGCGAGGAGCUACUAUUUAUAACAAAGAGGAAAUUAUAUUGAUAUAUAUGCAUAUUAUAAUAUAUAAUUAUUAUGUACUAACCAAUCAGCGUGGGUGUGUGAGUGUUGAAAUGAAUUUAGAUUUAUUGUGAGUCAAGGCUUGAAAUGAUUAUGAUUUAUCCUCACUGUUAGAGUCUCCAGCACUCAUAAAAUCAUUUCGUGGGUGAAGUGUCGAGCGAACGUUUGAGAACGUUCACCCCUCGGCAGUGCAAUUAUAAGAAAAUGUAUAAAUAUUCGGUGAGAGAGUGGUUUUCAUAGCUUUUUUUUUUGAAUAUUUUCAAGUGACUAUUGAUCGUUUAUAAGUAGCAUUAACAAAUGUGCAAAUUUACCCUUUUUGUAGGUCCUAGGGACGUAUUUUUGCUUUGUAAUAAGUUUUUCAUUUCUUAUGUCGCACUGAGUCUCAAUGUCGAUCCCUUCAACGAUAAUUCAUUGUUUUUCAUUAUUCGAAUGAUUCAUUGUGUUAUACUGGUCAUGUGGAGUGUAACGAGAGCUCGAGAAGUACAUGCAUUUAUCGAGAAUUCCGCUUGAGGAUACGAGAGAUAUGUAUAUUAGGACGAGAGUAACACACGGUAGAAGGCAUAAACUAAGUUUAUGUGUAAGGAACUGUUUUAUACGUAAGGGAAGGAAGUACAUAAAA